UGGGUGUGGCUAGUUAAUUAACAUUCUUGACAAACAAUGUCUAAAGGUGAGUUUCUGUUUUCUUCCUCCUCUUUCUCAUCAUGUUUGUAUUUUACAGGUAUCUAUCAACUGGGAGGGAUAUCAAAUCACUCAGCUCCUGUAGUAGGAGAAUCAGUGUUCCUGUGGGGAGGGGGUAGGCCUAACUUACCUAGAGCGGUUCAUGAUUCCCCACAAAAGAGGAAAUUGUUGUCCACUAUUGAUAGACUGGAGUUUAGGACUGGUCGUUGGUCCUCUCACGUGACCAGAGGAACGUCACCUCCUCUAGGAGCUGUGGGAUACUUCUGUACUACCAGAAACAAUGACAUUUUCUUUUUUGGCGGCUACUGUGGACAUGACAUCUGCUAUUAUAAUGAUGUCAAUUCAUUUAACAGUCUAACAUAUGAAUGGAGUAAUAUAAUACCAACCAGUGAUGCUGUAAUGAAGAGAGCUGCUGGUGGUAUGGUGUGUAUGGAGUCUAUGGGUACAGAAUACCUAUUUAUGAUAGGAGGGACUGGUUCUACACCCACUACAUACCAAUCACAAUAUCAGUAUAUUCAGAUGGUUAGUCGUCGUAUUCGUACUAAUGAACAGAAUUUAUUAAAUUUAUCAACAAGACAAUGGAUUAUUCCAACUAUUAGUGGUCAGUGUUGUCCUCCUACUGCUGACUUUGCUAUUCAAAAGAUUACUAAUAAUAAAGCUGUCAUGUUUGGUGGAGCAGUGCCUAGUGAUGAUGGUAGAAGUGAUAGAGCUGUUAAUACAGUGUAUACAUGUCAACUGGAGUCUGAUACUACAAUACACUGGGAGAGUGUUAAGGGACCAGUAGUACCUGCUAGUGUACAGUGGCCUGUGGAGAGAGAUUCUCAUGCUGCUACUAGUAUCAUCAGUGACUCACCUACACUAGUAAUGAUAGGUGGAGAGGGUAAUGAUAAUCAACUAGUAAAUGAUAGUUGGUUACUGAAUACUAGUGAGUACCAGUGGAGUAAGAUUGUUCUACCUGAAUCUGUUACUGGUAGACAGAAUCAUUCCUUAUCAUCAAUAAUGAUGAGUCCAGACUGUGUGUGGUUGGUGGUAGUGGGUGGGGAAGGAGCAGCUGAAUGGAAAGAUGUAGGAAGAGGAUACAAGCAACCAUUUUCUAAAUACAUCACUGAUCCUAAUAUCACAAUGUUAAUAGAACUAGGUAAGAACCGAACUAUUUUGUAUUGUAUGUACUGUAUAGAGGGAUUUAUUGGAGAUACAAGUUAAGUUUAAGUUUGAAUACAUCAUUGCUGGUAUUCCAUAACAUAACAUGAGGGAAUUAUUAUUGUUAUAAUGAACUGCAAUGAUAGUUGACAUA